AAUGGAUAUCCGUACCUCAAAUUGGCGUUCCAAGGCACUUCCGGUGUAAGGCGUACUCCUACAAACACCAAAUUUGGAAUAAAAUUGCAAAAAUGUCGAAGCUGAAAAGAGUGAUAGAGGAUAACGAUGAACGAAAAGACCCAGAAAUAGAUUUGGUGGAAAGAGGAAUUAUAAAUCUUGGAGAAGUUCCUGGUUUGUUUAAUUUGAAACAUCUGACCAGACUUACUCUGAGCCACAACAAAAUACUAGUUGUACCUCCCAGUAUAGCAGAGCUGGUGAAUCUUGAGAAUCUCAACUUCUUUAACAAUCAUAUUGAGGAACUGCCAACUUCUAUCAGCUCCUUGCCAAAACUUAAAUUGUUGAACUUGGCAAUGAACAGACUGAGCACCUUACCCCGCGGCUUUGGUGCCUUCCCAGUGCUGGAAGUCCUAGAUCUGACAUACAACAACUUGAACGAAGAAAACCUGCCUUCAAACUUCUUCUGCUUGGAGACACUAAGGGUACUCUAUUUGAGUGAUAAUGAUUUUGAAGUUUUGCCAGCAGAAUUUGGCCGGUUAAAAAAUCUGCAAAUUCUUGCUCUGAGAGAUAAUGACCUGACUGCCCUUCCUAAGGAGCUGGGAGAACUGAGCAGAUUGAAGGAACUCCACAUCCAGGGCAAUAGACUCACCGUUCUACCCCCAGAAUUAGGAAACCUUGAUUUAGUUGGUAUGAAGCAAGUGUUCAAGGCAGAGAAUAAUCCUUGGGUACCUCCCAUUGCAGAUCAGUUCCAAGUGGGCACAUCACAUGUGUUUGAUUAUAUCAGAUCAGACACAUACAAAUAUUUAUAUGGUAGACACAUAGCAGCUGGGGCAGCUCCUCCACCAAAGACCAAUGACAAGAGCAAGAAAAUCAGUCGAAUCAAACGCCACUGAGCUAUGUACUUGUCACUCCCUCUAUAGUGCCUGGCAGCCACUUAGUAUUAUAUAUAUUGAAGGACCAACAUCAUUAGUGGGCCCUGUCCAUUCUCCAUCUCUCCCUUUCCCCCCACACAAUAAAUUGGGACAAUAAAUUUCCAAUAUAUGCAAAGGAAUCUUCAAAAAUGGUACAUUCAUUUAUACACUAGGGCUAUUCUUAUUUGUUGGCAGCUGCUGAUUUCAUGAUGGACACUUAAGUAAAAAUGAAAAAAAAUUGAAGUGAUUUUUGAUGAUGAUGAUGCAUAUGUUUUUGAAGACUGCCAACUCAUUAGCUCUCUUAUAAAUACUCAGCACCUUUCAGGCUCCCAGAAACUAGACAUCAAGCCUUCCAAAUCUCCAUUUCUCUCUGUUUACCCUCUCUGAUCUGAUUUUACUUUUGUCCCUGACCCAUCAAUGAAUUUUUCCAGUAUAGGGUUUGUGCAAUAGUCUUUGUUCUUAUCUCAUCUUUCAUUUCAUGUAGAAUGUAUCUUUGUCAUAUGUAUUUUAUUUCUGAUGUCUCUCUCUCUGUUUCAAGGCCCUGAUGGUAGAGCAUCCUUUUAGGACAAUUUUUAAUGGACCAGAAAUAUGAUUGGACACACCAAUCAGAACAUGGCCAAAAUGUUCAUUAUAGGUCAUUGUACUUAAACGCAAUCAUGUUUAUGUAGAUAGUUGCUGCUAAGGCAAAAUAUAGUUUAUUUUAUACAUUACCUCUUAUAGCCUCUAUAGACAUUUGACUGUUUAUAAUAGUGCCAAAUUAUAGUGAUUAAAGCUUAUAUGUAAUGACAUAAUGUUAAGAGAUAAUUUAAUACAUUAGGUGCUUUCAUAUAUUUAUAUGCAUGUAAAAUUAAAGUAGGCAAUGUAAAAAAGUUAACUUGGUUAAUGUGCUGAUUAAGUCAUGAAGGAUUUCUGGCAAGAUGUCUUAUGAGUCAUUGUUAGAUGUCCAGAUAUAAUGAUAAUGAGGCUGACUAUUGGAGAUAUUGCUUGCACUGAUCAUGUACUGAUUUUAACAAAUAGGGAAAGUGAUGGGGAAUGUGGGUGCAUUCUUAAUGUGAACUAAAUGUGAAAUUAUGGGUGGAAUAUUAAUGGUCAUACAAGAUUAUCUAAUUGUUUUGGAAGGGAUUUUAAUCUCCCCCCCCCCAAGUAUGGCCCUCUGUCAUAAUAUAUCUGCUUAGCAAAUUACAAGUGGGGUGUCAACUUUUUCAGGGAUAAGCUUAAUCAGAGAGAAGCCUGAUUCCAUGGGAUAUUAUCCUCUUCCAGAUUGACUUAUUUUAAAUUAUAUUACUUUUGAAUGUGCCCGUGGUGACAGUGACACUCAAUUUGCACCUCAAAUAUUAUUAAAUUAUCCAAGCAAACUGGGUUAUCAUACUGAUAUCCGUUGUAUCCCUGCUAGUCAUAUUAACAUAUUUAUUGGAAUUCAGCACUUUUUUAUGAAAAGUAGAAUAUAGUUUUAAGUAUCUUUGAAAUAUGUUAAGUUAUGUUUUAGUUAACCUGUGUUCAGACUGGACCAACUGAGCCCGAAGAUCAGUCUAACUGGUGUCAUCAGCGGGCAGAAGGGCACUAACCUCCUUGAGUCAGAUGACACCAGUUGGAUAAAUUUUUCAGGCAGUCUUUCCAGAGUUUAGAAUUAAUUUUUCCAUUACUUUCCUGUCAUACAGCACUUAACACAUGAAUUUCACACACAUUACUGAAAUGAUACAUAGAAAUAACUGGAGGUGAAGAUUAUACACCUUUAUUAUUAUGCAAUAAACUUGAGUAUAUUA